CGUCAACAUUAACCGAAACCAAAACAAUUGGAAUUGAAAAAUGUUUCUGAAUUUAUGUAAAGGGAUAUGCUACACAUAAUAUUUAACUAUUGACUGUUUAUCAGUAGUUUAAUCUAUUGAAUUACUAAAUGAUUCACAUUUCGCCGCAUUCGACAUGACUUUGUAUAUUGAUACAAAACUAAGCUUUACUGAUGGUAAUGUUGUAUCGACUGUUGGGACAUGGCACCCUUCUUUACCUCUUCUGGCUGUAGGCUCGUAUAAUCAAGAAAAAGGUGGAUUUGUCACUAUAUUUCAAGAAAAUGGAUUUCCGUUAGAAGGCUGUGAUUGGCCUAUAUUGUUGUCAAAUCAAGUAACUGCUCUUGCAUGGCAUCCUAUAAGACGGCUCCUAGUGGUUGGAUGGGAUGGAGGUGAACUUUAUAUUUGGUUGGAAUACUCUUGGGCUCGCUUAGAGGCACCCCACAAUGCUGCAUUAACAACAGUGGCGUUCAGCUUGGGAGGAGGCAGGCUCUUAGCUUCAGAUGCUGCAGGUUCACUGUCUGGCUGGCAGUCUAGUACGGGAGCUCCACUUACUUCAUUUCAUCACCAACUUGGAGAUGUUAUUACCCAUAUAACAUUCUGUACUCCUCUACCUAGCUCAGAAACAUCUAUCAGAGGACUAGCCCGUGCUGCGGUAGCUGGUGAUGAGAAUGCUUUAGAUGCUCUAGCUGCUUGGCGGCCCAGAACAACUGCACGAAUGAGGGAAGGUGCCCAACCAGACAACCAUUCCUGCUAUGCAGCUCAAGAUAAUGGAGUCAUACUGUACAUAGACCACAAUGGUGCUUGUUCUGAGGUACUAAAUGCUCCUGGUAACAUCAUAUUCAUGGGAAUAAUAAGCAAUAUCUACCUUUUAGUAGCUUGGGAGUCUGGAGGAGCUCUUAGUUUAACUAGAUUUAUAAUGUCUGAUGAUGGCUCUUUAAUGACUGACACUCACGUCAGAAUGGCUGCAAGAAAUGGCCAGUGCAUAGUACUUGCAGGAAACUUCUAUGUAGCAGUUAUAACAGGAGAUAAUUUGAUAAGGGUUUGGGACAGUGACACAGGUGAUAAUGAUGUAUUACCAAAUGAGAAGGAAGAAAUUGUUGCAGGUGAUAUAUUCACAAGUAUUAGUUACAGCAAUUUAAGUGAUACUCUUUGCUGUGGAACUUCUCAAGGUAAUCUGUAUCUUUGGAGAAGAGACCAUAGGAAUAAUUGGAAACUUAUUAGUAGCACUUCAGUCAAAGGGACAGUCAAGGAAGUUAGCUGGGGAUCUGAGGGUCUGAUGAACCCACUGCUGCAUGUAAACUGCAUAACAAGUGCAUUUGUUCUCCGUGAACAGCCAGUCUGUUGGGGAUAUUCACCUAACAUACACAUGGUUCAAAAGUCUGCAAAUGAAAUUGCUCUCACAAGCAAAAGCAAUGUGACAUCCAUGAUCAAUACUUCAAUCACCAUCAGAGCCUUUGCAUUUAAUGACCAAUAUAUUGCAUUGGGUGAUGGUAAAGAAGUUCAGAUUUGGAUGUGCAGCAAAGACAAUGAUGUGAAAUUCUCUCUAAUACGAACUUUCGCAUGGAAGACUGAUGUUUUGAUAAUUUAUAAUGAUGUCUUAGUUGGUGUAGUAAAUCCUCAUAUAGAGUGCUACUCCAUAUCUGGUACCAGCCUCGGAAUAUUGCCAAGCACUGAAGGCGAAGGUGAGCCUAUCGGCGUCACAAAUACUAGCAAAUUCAUUGUUAUAGCAACAAUGGAUGGCACACUCAAACUAGCUGAAAUCACAAAGAAAGGCCUGAGAAUGCCAUAUCCUCCAAAGAAUUGUUAUCAAAUGAUUGAAGAUUUUGGUGAAGUCAUGAGAGCAUCAGUAAAUUGUACUGGACGCUACAUCUCGCUUAGUGUCGCUAAUUCUGGCUUAGCCCCCGAUCCAAGGCUGUAUCUAUGGGAUGUAGCAAAUGACGUCAUCACACAUACGCUCAUCUCUGAGAACGCAACCCCUCCAUAUCAAAGUGUUCCUAUAGCAAUAAUAUGGGACUGUAAUGAUCCUAGAAUUGUAGCAGUACACAUGAGAUCAGCAGAUCUGGAUCGAGUACAUCUAUUCCUCUGCCAUGAGGGAAGCUUAUAUGAAUAUAAAAAUUGGUGUUCAAGUUCUGAGGAUUAUUACAUGACUGACUUUAUGUUGUGUUCUCUACAUACGCCUUACAUUGUAAUUUUAGCACAGCAAAAUAUCAAAAAGAUAUUAAUACAUGAAUUCGAGGACAUCGCCGACCAUGACGCUGCUAAUGUUAGACAAGUAUUGGACUUUCUUUACUACAUGACUACUGGGUACUUGGAAAAGGCAGUAGUUGUAGGAACAACGCUGGCUGGUGGGAAAAACUCUGUUAUCUGGGACAGUUUAGCAAAAGUUUGCGUCGCCCGAAAGCGACCUGAUGUUGGCGCAGUAUGUUUAGGAAAGAUGGGCAACAUAAAAGGCGCUUUGAUGAUGCGGAAAGUUAUGAGCGACAAUAAUAUGGACGACACUUGCAAGGUCGCUGUAUUAGCUGUCAACUUGGGUAUGAUCGAAGAAGCUGAAAACUUGUUCCGCGAGGCACAAAGACCAGAUUUAAUCACACGUUUAAUAUCAGCAAAGGAGGGUGGUCUCAACGAAAUUACUAAUGGGAGUCAUGAAGGAGAAAACAUUUUGCUUGUAAAGAGCGCGCAGCAUAAGCUGGCUAAAGUUUUAUGGUCGAAUGGAGAAACUGGUGCUGCCUUGAAACUAUUUGAAAGUGCUGGUACGUUAGUGCCUCACGUACCCAGAAUGCUCGUGGCACAGGGGCAAUCACCUGUUUUGGCGCAGUAUGUGUCUAAUUCAAGUGACCCCAGUCUAAUAACAUGGUGGGGACAUUAUUUAGAAAGUAUUGGGGAUUUGGAUGGAGCCUUGGAAGCAUAUGCACGGGCUAACGAUUUUGGCGAACAAACGAGACUGUUGUGUCAUAUGGAUAGAACAGACGAGGCUGAAAAGCUUUGUCAAAAGAAUCGAUCGUCUUUAUAUCAAAUGGCUCGCUAUUUAGAAAUGCAGCCAGAUAAGACGGAAACUGCAGUGAAGAUGUACAUAAAAUGUGGCGCGGUAUCGUCAGCCAUUCGCGUGGCCGCCGAAGCGAGCGCGUGGCACCUGGUGUGGCGCGCCGGCUCCGCGUCUGCCACGCAUGCCUUACAUGCCGCCUCUAUACUAGAGAACGCUGGACAGACGGAACAAGCCAUAGCUCUCUACCAGAAAGCAGGUAAGGUCCACAUGGCAUUAAAACUGGCAGUAAGCAGUGGAGACACGAACGCAAUGAUAGCGGCCGUGGAAGCUCUCGGGGACAAAGUAGACCCGGAGUUAGCGAAUACCUUGGCAGCACAUCUGAGGCAGGCCAACCAGCACUCACAUGCCGCGGCGCUGUUAGCUACGGCUGGAAAGUACGAAGAAGCUCUAGAGAUAGUGGAGCAAAUACCCACGCCAUUAACUGAGGAACUAAGCGAGCGGCUAGCGGCACCCGCAGGUACGACUGGCAGAGAUGCGCUUCUCAGAAGACUGGCUGACGUUUUGGGUGCCCGGGGCUUGUACCACCAGGCUGCUAAAAGAUUGGCCCAUGCGGGAGACAAGGCCGGUGCAAUGCGCUGGCUAAUGCGUUCAGGCGACGCUGACCGUAUAGCAACGUUCGCGGCGGCAACCCGCGAUCGCAACGCUCAGCUGAUGGCCGCGGACUAUCUGCGCAGACGCGCGGACUGGCGGACCCGGCCCGACCUCAUGAGACAUAUACUGCACUUCUAUACUAGAGCCAAGGCGUACGGGAAACUGGCUGGUUUUUAUGCAGAGUGCGCCAAAGUUGAAGUUGAUGAGUAUGAAAAUUACGACAAAGCUCUGGAAGCGCUUAAAGAAGCAGUUAGGUGUUUGGCGAAAUCUUCUGACACUGAUACAGGUGCUCAAACAACAGCUCUUCAAGAGCAAAGUGCGAUCGUCAAACGUUUUGUGGAUGUUAAAAAGAUGUUGGACACAGGAGAAAUAAACCCUGGUGUAGUUGCGGGGCAACAGUUGCUCCGUGCCGUGAGUGGUCGCCCUGGACUGAUUUCGGAAGAGAAAGUACUACGAUUACUCCUGCAAUAUGCACCGAAUCACGCUGAGGCUCCUCGUUUCGAAAGCCAACUACAAGCUCUGCAACAACAACCAGAAGAACAAAGCUUGAGCCCCGACUCAACAGAUCAUAGUAUCGAAGAAGUUGUGUAGACGUCACAUACGUCAUGUUAAAUGAAUCCGUCCAUUCCUUAACAUUCGUCCAUAUUUAUUCUAGAUAGUUCAACUCAAUUUUGCGCGCGGCCUUAUGUGUGGGUAAAGCUUGUACAUAUACAGUAACUUUGUGUGCGUGACAAUAGUACAGUCGGGUACAAAUACAGUUAUUUAGGGGUUGUAUACGGGUGUUUAAAGAAAAACAGGUAUUAUGUAAUAAUAUAUAAUAUAAAUAGUGAAUCCGAACAUUCGUCAUUUCAUUUUUCAAGUAGCGAUUCAAAAGAAAAAACAAAAGAAAGAAGAAGAA